CCGCUGGCUGUCAGCCUCUUUCCAACACAACUUAAUUUGAAAACCUCAAUACCGCGUCGGUUGUCGCGGAGGUCGGACGUCUUCUUCGGCGCGCUGUUCGACUCCCGAGUGCUGUGUGUGCUUUAUGUUUGUGUCUGUGCUGUGCUCGCACCCGGCGUCUACGAGAUGACCAUGUGACGGGAAUCCGCCCAGCAAGACAACGGCAUGUGGUGGAUCAUGGUAUCAGUGGCGGCUCUAGUGGGUGCAGCGGCGUCGGUGCCCUGCGAAGAAGCGCGGAUGAGGUGCGCCUAUAGGGUCGGAUGCGGCAUGGCCCUCCAGAACUACGUCGUGGGAUGCUCGGGGGUGCUGCAAGGGCCGCCGCCGACGUACUGCCCCGAGAUCUGCCACCACUCGCUCAUCGCGCUCACGUCCACGGAGGAAGGGAAGGACCUGAUGAAUUGCAACUGCAGCGACGAGUACUGCGAGGACCAAAAACUCCGCUCCGAGAUCUGCCGCCCCCAGGUGAUUAAGACCAUCAACGAGUCCGUCGUAUCCUGCCGCGUGGCCCAGUGGAUCUGCGCCGCCGACGCCCUCUGCUCCACCGCCCUCGAGUACUACAACCACUACUGCCGCGCCAUGUUCCACGGCAAAAAGUGCAGCCCCCGCUGCAAGAACUCCAUCAACAUCCUGCGGCGGCAGGAGAAAGCCGCCAAGCUGACCACGUGCCUGUGUGACGGCCUGGAGGACUACGACUGCCAGGCCAUCCAGCGCAACAUGGACCGGCUGUGCUUCCACAAGCACCACCACCCGAACGCCACCCAGCGCGCCACGCCGCCGCCGCCACCGCCGCCCGAGCCCGCGGCCGCCGCGCCCGCGCCCACGCUCGCGCUGGCCGCCGCCGUCGCCCUGGCGGCGCUCUUCGUCACGUGAUGCCGUCGCGGCUGCCACCUCCGAAUCUACCUCGUUAACAGUAUUUAUUUAUUGCGUAUUACGGCACCAAAGUAGCUGACGAUUGCUAUGUCACGUUAUAGUUCCUAUGUUGAAGACAUGCCGGCGGAUCAGACACGCAGUGUACAUUGUGUAUAGGAUGUAGAGGUCGUCUGUAUAGGAGGAUGUAGUCCAGGAUUUUGUAAAAGUUAAGCUUUAAGUUAGGGUAAGCAUUCCUGAGGGAGACGAGUCAGGGAGGUCCGUCGAGUUUACCAAAGAAGAGCUUGGGCUGUAUAUUGCUUUAAGUUAUUGAGAGUUGCUUUAUACACGCUGGCACUUCUUGUUGGACUGGAGGGUCAAGCAGUGGGCGACUAGAGGGCUUUCGGGCUCGAUGGUCGCACCAUGUUUAGUUCAAAUGGCGGCACAAGCAGCAAACAGUGCGACUCCUAACCCCACUUUUUGUGAAGUCCAUACACUUAUUUCCCACCAACCGCAUCUCGCGGGGCUAAUCACGUGAGACAAUUAGCCCCUCCUUGUAGCUGGACGGCCAAUGAACUCCGUCGUGGCUCACUACGUCGAAAAAUUAACCAAAAUCCAGUCACCUGUCAAAGCAGCUGAACCGGAGUUCCACUGACAAAGCCCGCGAAAACUCGUCCCGACGAUCACAUCCGGCUAAUUCGCUAAUUAAUUAAUUAAUUAGCAGUACCAUGUGUGAUCUUCCAAGCAGCGAAACAUAAUAAAUGAGCAGCAACUGUCGGAUGAAUUAGCGUCCGUGCGGUUGGCAGCGCUGCUUAAUUUGACGCGCCGCUGUGGCCCUUAAUUAAUGUGUCUCUAGUGCCAAAAUCCCGACUCCUUUGAUCUGUCGCUCUGUUUGCGUGCCUGUCGCGCCGUCCGUCUUGUAUUAAUUUAUGAAUCUGUAUAAAUUGUUAAGAGAUAUUGUAUAGAAUUUAUUUAUGCGUGUUGUUCAGGGGUGUGCGGCCCCCGCAUGUACAAAAAUGAAAAUAAACGUAUUGUUUGUUAUCCAGA